AUGAGCUUGCUGGGGGCCUACAAGAAAAAGACCAGUUACGAUGGCUAUGAAUCUUUGCAGUUGGUCGAUAGCGGCGGAGAUAGCCUCGGUAUCGGAAGAGGGAGCAGCAGCAGCGGCAGCGGCGCACUCGGAGGCUCCAUAGCGGCCACCCUUGGACCGAAGGCAGGCCCGCUGAGAGAGGAGGACUGCAGCACCAUGGACAGCUCAGAUAUGGAUGCCAGUUAUGGUGGAGGACUGUUGGACAUGGUGAAGGGAGGAGCCGGGAAGUUCUUCAGCAACUUUAAGGACAACCUGAAGGACACACUGAAGGACACCUCUAACAAGGUUAUGCAUCAGGUUGCCACGUACACUAAAGGGGAGCUGGACAUUGCCUACAUCACCUCACGGAUCAUAGUUAUGACCUAUCCAGCAGAGUCAGUGCAGAUUGGGUAUCAGAACCAUGUGGAGGACAUCCGCUCCUUUCUCGACAGUCGUCACGCUGACCACUAUACUGUUUUCAACCUAUCACAGCGCAACUACCGCGGAGCCAAAUUCUCCAACAGGGUUUCCGAGUGUAAUUGGCCUUCUCGCCAGGCUCCCAGCCUCCACAACCUGUUUGCUGUGUGUAAGAACAUGCACAAUUGGCUCAAACAGAAUCCCAAGAAUGUAUGUGUCAUCACCUGCUCGGAUGGUCGUGCUCCUUCGGGCGUUUUGGUCUGUGCCAUGUUCUGCUUCUGCCACCUCUUCAACAACCCAGUUCCUGCCAUGCAGCUUCUCAGCGCCAAGAGACCAGGUUCCGGCCUCUGGCCUUCACACCGCAGGUACAUAGGUUAUGUGUGUAGCAUGGUAUCAGAGAAGCCCAGUCUACCCCACUCCAAGCCCUUGGUGAUCAAGGCCCUCACCAUUAGCCCGGUCCCCUGCUUCAACAAGCAGAGGAGCGGCUGUCGGCCCUUCUGUGACGUCCUCAUCGGAGAGACAAAGAUCUUCACCACUGCACAGGAGUAUGAGAGGAUGAGAGAGCACAGAGUCCAAGAGGGGAAGGUGGUGUUCCCUCUGGGUGUAAGUGUGCAAGGAGAUGUCGUGGUUUCUGUCUACCACAUGAGGUCGACCAUUGGAGGUCGUCUGCAGGCCAAGGUGUCUAACACACAGAUCUUCCAGAUCCAGUUCCACACUGGCUUCAUUGCUCCUGGAACCACCAUGUUAAAGUUUAACAAACCAGAACUUGAUGCGUGUGACUCUCCUGAGAAGUAUCCCCAGCUGUUUCACGUGAUACUGGAUGUGGAGGUAGAGGGGGUGGACAAGCAAAAAGACCUGACGCCACCAUGGGAGCAGUUCCCCUGUAAAGACCUCAGCCCCAAUGUGCUUUUCUCCUGCCAUCAGGAACAUCAGGACGCACUGGCUAUUGCUGAGCCCAGCCGGCCCCACGGAGGUCCAGACGGUCGGGUGCAUGGCGAGGAGAGUGAGCCCUCUGACGAUGAGAUGCUCUCUCUCUCCAGCCAGCGAAGCAAUGCUAGCACAGCCCCCCAAAAACCCGACCCCCCUGCUCCAACCCCUGCAGCUCCUACACCUGCUGAAGAAGUGGAUCUUCUUGGGCUGGAUGGGGAGGACAUCAACCGCCCAUGCCCCUCAUCUCAGCCCCCGUCUACUGCAGCCGCAGCCACUGAUCUUCUAGGGGAUCUGUUUGGAGCACCACCUCAGCCAGCCAGUGGGCCUUCAUCCACCCAGUCCACACCACAUAAAGUAGUCCCCAGCACUGCCUCGCCAUGUCCCUCCCCUGCACCACCAGCGUUUGAUCCCUUUGGGACGGGUCCCAUGCCUAAAUCUCAGGACAUGAUGGGUUCAUUCCUUGGACCAGGUAACGUGGGGCAGCCAGACCCCUUCCUGCAUGCUGCUCGCUCUCCAUCACCCACCCUGCAGCCUACAAGCCUGGGCCGGAGUUCCCCCGUCCCGCCUACCACCCCAACCGUCAACAUUCAGCAGCAAAAUGCCAUGGGAGGAUGGGACUGGAACAGACCAGCUGCCACAAGCACAGCAGGAGGCUUUGGUAUGGGCAGUCGGUCAGCCACUACCAGCCCCACGGGCUCAGUCCACAGCACCCCCACCCACCAAACCAAGCCAAACACCCUGGACCCAUUUGCUGACUUAGGCAACCUUGGGGGAAGCCUUGGAGGAGGUUCUGGCUUCUCCAGCAAACCCACCACCCCUACUGGAACAACCCCUUCCUUCCCUCCCAUGGGCUCCCCAUCACGGCCUCCUCCAUCUCCCCAGCAUGCAGGAGGGUGGCAGCCUCACGCAGGAGCCAGCUUCCCUUCUUGGCAGCCAGGUGCUGGAGGCAGUGGAGGAUGGCAACCCCAAGGACAGGGCCCCACCCCGCAGCCAAAGCCCAGCCCCAGCCACACCUCCAUGCCUCACACGUCGCCCCAGAACAGACCCAACUACAACGUUAGCUUCUCUGCAAUGGGAGGAGGCUCGCCCAGUGCAGGGGGUAAAGCACAGGCUGCCAUGGGUUCUAAGCCCAAGGCCUCAGAUGCCAACUUUGAUGACCUGCUGUCUGGUCAGGGCUUUGCAGGGACCAAAGAGAAGAAAGGACCCAGGACAAUAGCGGAGAUGAGGAAGGAGGAGAUGGCCAAAGAGAUGGACCCUGAGAAACUAAAGAUUCUGGACUGGAUCGAGGGGAAGGAGCGUAACAUCCGUGCCCUGCUGUCCACCAUGCAUACCGUGCUGUGGGAGGGAGAGACGCGCUGGAAGCCUGUGGGCAUGGCUGACCUGGUUACUCCAGAACAGGUUAAAAAGGUCUACCGCAAAGCAGUCCUGGUCGUCCACCCAGAUAAGGCAACAGGACAACCAUAUGAACAAUAUGCCAAGAUGAUUUUCAUGGAACUAAAUGACGCCUGGUCAGAAUUUGAAAGCCAAGGACAAAAACCCCUCUACUGAAUAAAGAGUGAGAGGGAACGAACGCAGAUUCUGUCAUCUGAUCCUAAAAAUGUGUCACCAUCUCUGGUCAACAUACUACAGCCACACCCCUCAGCAUCUGCCUUUAUACCUGUGCUUUGACCUGCACUUCUAUUCUUUCCACACAAACAUAAAACCGCCAGUUGGUCUGCAAAGAUGACAAAAGACUACAGAACUACAGUGCUCAGACUAACAGUGUAACUGAACAAAUGACCCCCUGUAGCUCUAAUGUACCUACCUACUGUGUGUAUGUGGUGCAGCAAUGUCCUUCUUUGUUGAGUGUCCUUAGCCCUGAACCAAACCACCAAUCAAAGCAGAGUCACAGAGGACGACCAGGAAAAGAGAGAAACGUUUGAUUCUGAGCAGACAGAUCAAAAUAGAUGAAGGACACACAAGAUAAGAGAAAAACACAUCAGGGAGUAAACUGAACAAGCAUUUCACAGGCUGCUCUAACUAGAGAUUCAGAGCACUAGAUUGUCUGUAAGGCACAACAACCAUUUAUCCACAAGACAUUUUUGACAUGCUUGGGAAGUAGAUUUUGCUUUGUAGUUUGUGUGACAUUUGGAUCCAUAAUCAAUUCUGUCAUAUCAAAUCCAGUUUGUCAUGCAAUUGAAUGUUCCUAGGAAUAAGAAAAAAAGCAGUAGCAUCACGUUACUGUAUGUAUUUUACUGGCUGAAGUGAAACUGAAUUGAAACCAAAUGUAUUUUCUAUACAAAAUAGGGUAUUUGGAGGUACAAAUUAUUAUCUAUUUAAUUUAGAAAAUAUUAUGGCAGUGAAAAGGGGGAAUUAAGGCAUUACUGUUAUCACUGCUUUUGACAGUAACUCUGAUAACAGGUUGGCUUCCAUCCCCUUCAGCCUGAAAAUGUACGGAUAAUUCAAAAUGAAAAAAAGUUAAAGAUGGAUUUUUACAAUAAAAACACAGAAAGCUGCGAAAUUUUUAAUUCCCUACUUAAUAUGUAUAUGACAGAUAAAACAUAAUAAUGUUGUACUGUAGGAGAGCUGCUUAUCAUUGGUGUGUCUGAUGUAAUCAAGCCUUGUGCAUUUCCAUAUUUGCAGGAAACUGGGGAUCGGGUAUUUUAGCGUUAGCACAUGUACAGUUCCAUACAUGAAGCACCUUGUGGCCUCAUGCACACUCACUCAUACAGCAACAUAUUUUUGAAAAGGAGCUAUGUGAAAGCACAAACGGACUAUUUGCUCAGUGCAGCUUUGAAGAAAAGCCAUUGUUAUUUAUUUAUUAGUUCAUUUUGUUCAUCUACAUUUUGUUUUGUCGUUGUCGUGAGCUGCACGUCAUCAGGUAACUUAUGUGAAUGAAAAGUUCAGGAUUUUGGGCCAGUAAGUUUAACUCAUACCAUAAACUGUUGACAAGCUAGCAAAACAGGGGAAUCGUGUGUCAGACUACAUCACAAUUUUUUUUUUUUUUUUGUGCGUGUCUGUAGUAUCUUUUCUAAACUACAGAUCGUCUCUAGGUUUCUGCUGGUCCCAUAAACUCCCUGCAAUGCAAUAAAAGGUAUGGGUUCAUUUUACUGACAGAUAAUUCUGUAAAAAGGUGAUAUGUGAACUGUGUCGGAGUGAUGUGUGAAUCAGUGUGCUCUACUAUAUCUCACUGCUUCACAUCUUUUACACAAAUCACUCUGUGUUGGUUGACAUUACCAGUUUUAUCAAAACAAUGAUUUGCAGCCAGUGCAAAAUGUUCUUUUUCCUUUAAUUACUUAAUUACUUGAUUUAUUCUGUUUACAUUUGAGAGACAUUUCUGUCACGGCACUGACACUUAAUAAUACAGAUAUCAUUUCAUAUCAACAGUAAGGCACAACACACAUGGCUCAAAGUAUCAACCUUUUUUUCAGGAGUUGUUCAUGGUGCAGGUGCUGUCUGUAAUAGUUUAAAUCCAGAACAGAUGUGAAUCUCUUUCCACAUAAUUUAGUUAAUAUUCUGUCUCUUGAUUUCUUUUAGGGGUUUGAGGUUUUCAUAGAAAACUAAUCUGAUCCUAUAACAUCUUCAUGUUUGGGCUUUGUGAUAUUGGCAGAGCUCUAGUAAAGAUGUUUUAUUCUGUUUGACCCUUGUUAUCAGUAAAUCAUAAAUGGGUUUAAAAUCCAUCUGCCCUCAUGCAGAUUGAGCUGAAUAUGUUCCUUUACAUAUUCAUGAAUCUUCUAAGUUCUUUACAUCAAUAUUGUUUUCAUGUUCUCUCUGGUUUGAAGAUUUAGAUGAAGAAGAAGAUGGUUUUCUGAUUGUCUUUAAUUCUUUUCAGCCAUCAUAAUAUCUUUUCCCUUCACUGGAAUUCAUUCUUUCCCAGUUUGUUCAUCUGCUUUGAGGAUGCUGACUGUAUACUGACCACUUAAAAAAAAAAAAAGAGUCUGACUACAUGAAGCGCUGUUUCUUGAACUGGUGUAGGACCCAGAAUGGAUCAAAUAUCAGGAGAAAAAUUGUGUCUUGACUGAAAUGGGUGCCCUGACAGUGGAUUUCAGGCUGCAAGUACUGAACUCUGAUCUUGAGGCUACUGCUUUUUUUGGUGACUUACCAGACACAGGAAGUGUGUAGUAUGUGCUUCUGUGCUCUAUUUACACUGAGGAUCUACAUGUGAAAUAACCCUCAUACGCUCCCUUGCUGACUGAAUUCUCUAUCUGCAAUCUUACGGCUAUAUUAAAAGGCUAACCUCUAUAUUGUAGUCAAUGGAUGUGUGUUGUUUGAAAUUGUGGUAUGUAUGAAAGUGAUCAGAUUUGGAUAUAGACUACUGUAUGUUAUGUGUUUGCCUGUCUGCUGUUCAAGUAUUACUAAAUUGUGUAAAUAUUCUGUUCAUGUGUUUCUUUUCGGUUCUGUUUACCGUUACA